AAAAAGAAGAAGAAAUUCUGAUUAUUUAGAAAUUGAUCGGGGAUGUUUAUAAUAAUAUUAAAUAUACAAGUUGUAAAGCGUGUUUCAUAAGCGUUAUUAAUCAAAAUGUCUUUGAAAACUGGUGGAGAAGUUGAUCCUAUUAAAAACGAAAGAACUGGUAACGUAAGAGAGGUUGGAUCACAAGCUAUUUGGAGCUUAUCCUCAUGUUUUGGAGUGGAUCAACUUAGAGACGAUAGAGCAGACACAUAUUGGCAGUCCGAUGGACAGUUACCUCAUUUGGUAAACAUUCAAUUUCAAAAAAAAACUACUAUUAGUGAUAUUUAUAUAUAUACUGAUUACAAAUUGGACGAGAGCUACACACCAAGUAGAAUUUCUAUAAGAGUAGGGACUCAUUUUAAUGAUAUACAAGAAAUUGAAGUUGUAAUGUUAACUGAACCAUCAGGUUGGGUGCAUAUACCAAUUAAAGACAUUAGGGAUAAACCAAUAAGAGUUUUUAUGAUACAAAUAGCUGUAACGAGCAACCAUCAGAAUGGACGAGAUACUCAUAUGAGGCAAAUCAAAAUACACAGUCCCAUAGAAAACCCAGGAGUACCUAUAGAUAACUUUUUGAAUUUCUCUACUAUAGAAUUUCAACAGCAUGCUACAAUAAGAUAAAAUAAGUGGACUUGACAAAAAAAACAGAUAAUUGUCAUUUUCUUUUAAUUCGAAUAUAGAAAAAAUACUGUGAUAUGUUCUCAUUUAUAUUGUUUUUUACAUUAAACAAUUUGGUAUUA